GGAUAAGCGAAGAGGGUAAAGCAGCAAGACAGUGAUCCAAGCAAAGAAAGCACCAGAGCGGUCAAGAAAAUGAACAGAGUGGUAGCGAGAAUUGCAGCCAAAGCAGCCGUUUCCAAAUCAAUUACACGGAACCAAAGCCCAAUCAACGCGCUUCUAUUCCAGGCCAGGAGACCUCUCUGCCUGGGUGUCCUCUCCGAUGUCGUCGACCGGAGCUCUGAAUUUUUCGCUCGUAACUCCGCCGUCAUGGAGAGCCUCGUAUCCGACCUGCAAUCCCACGUCCGCAAGGUUAUGGCCGGAGGAGGCGCGGAUGCGGUGAAGAGAAACAAGGCUAGGAAUAAGCUUCUUCCCAGAGAGAGAAUUGACCGUUUGAUUGACCCUGGUUCUUCUUUUGUUGAGUUUUCUCAGCUUGCAGGGCAUGAACUAUAUGAUGAACCCUUGCCCUCUGCUGGGAUCGUGACUGGAAUUGGGCCAGUGCAUGGGAGACUUUGUAUGUUUGUGGCAAAUGAUCCCACUGUGAAGGGAGGAACUUAUUAUCCUAUUACUGUAAAAAAGCAUCUUAGGGCACAGGAGAUUGCAGCUCAAUGUAAACUACCAUGUAUAUACCUUGUUGAUAGUGGAGGUGCUUUUCUUCCAAAGCAGGCUGAUGUAUUUCCUGACAAGGAAAAUUUUGGUCGAAUUUUCUACAAUCAAGCUGUUAUGUCUGCUGAAGGUAUUCCCCAAAUUGCACUGGUAUUGGGUUCUUGCACAGCAGGCGGUGCUUACAUACCUGCAAUGGCUGAUGAGAGUGUAAUGGUAAAAGGAAACGGUACCAUAUUUCUAGCUGGACCUCCACUUGUAAAGGCUGCUACUGGGGAGGAAGUUUCUGCAGAGGACUUGGGUGGUGCAAAUGUGCAUUGUAAGAUGUCAGGUGUUUCUGAUCAUUUUGCUCAAGAUGAACUGCAUGGACUUGCGAUAGGGAGGAACAUCAUCAAGAAUUUGCACAGGGCAGGAAAUCAAGGGAUGAGAGAUGGAUUGCAUAAUUUUAUUUCUGAUUAUAAAGAACCUCUAUAUGAUGUAAAGGAACUUCGUGCUAUUGCACCAACGGACCUGAAGCAGUCUUUUGACAUACGAUCAGUUAUUGCUCGCAUCGUUGAUGGGAGUGAAUUUGAUGAAUUCAAGAAACUGUAUGGCACUACUCUCAUAACUGGCUUUGGUACAAUUUUGGGGCAACCUGUUGGAAUCCUUGGAAACAAUGGAAUACUAUUUAAUGAAUCUGCUUUGAAAGGCGCCCACUUUAUUGAAUUAUGUACUCAACGUAACAUUCCUUUGAUCUUCCUUCAGAAUAUCACAGGGUUUAUGGUUGGCUCAAAAUCUGAGGCAAAUGGUAUAGCAAAAUCUGGAGCAAAAAUGGUGAUGGCAGUUGCGUGUGCAAAGGUCCCUAAAGUUACUGUUAUUAUCGGUGGGAGCUUUGGAGCUGGAAACUAUGCUAUGUGUGGGCGUGCAUAUAGCCCCAAUUUUCUGUUCUUCUGGCCAAAUGCCAGAAUAUCAGUAAUGGGCGGUGCUCAGGCUGCUGGUGUGCUGGCUCAAAUAGAAAGGGGCAACAAGAAGAAACAAGGAAUCCAGUGGACGGAGGAGGAGGAGGAGGACUUCAAGGCAAGAGUUGUCGAUGCAUAUGAUAGAGAAGGUAGUGCUUACUACUCCACAGCCAGACUCUGGGACGACGGCAUAAUUGAUCCAGCCGAUACAAGAAAAAUCAUAGGCCUGUGCUUAUCUGCUUCCAUGAACCGCAACCCGGAAACGACCAAGUUUGGUGUAUUUAGAAUGUAGUGGUGUAACAUCAUUGGCAUUCAAACAGUUGUUUCUUAACGAUCAAAAUGGCUGUAUUAAGAGGUUCGUUGUGGGUUCUUAUGCGUGUAAAUGCUCUGAUCUCUUUGCAGCUCUGAACCUUUCACCGUUUUGUGUUUGCUGCUUUGUAAAUAAUGCCUACUUUGGAAAGGGCUAUACUAUUGAAGAAGGGAUGACAUUGUUUUCACUUUUAUUCA